AUGCUCGCCGUUGAUUCUCAUUCUCGUUCCAAGCCUUCUUACUACCAGUCUAUGCCAAUGGAUCCCAGCAUGGUUGAUAUGUUCUCAUACCCCAUGGACGGUAUGUCCUACCAGCAGCACCACCAACACCAACAUCACCACCAUCAGCAACAACCCCAACCGGAUUACCGCCUGGCAUACCUCGAUGCUCCUAUCUAUGAGGACCUCCAGAAGCAUCAGUUCCCUUCCAUGCCCACCACACCCCCCUCAAUCUCCACUACCCAGUCUGAGCCCCAAAUUCAAAUCCCCACCGGCUCGACUGCCUCAGGACCUUCCAUUGCAAGUGCUCCCUCCUCCGUCAUCAGUUCUCCAUACUCUGGUGCUCAACAAGUCUUCCACGAUAAUUGGGUGAACACCAACCACGGACUGGGCCUUCCUGCUGCUGUUAUGGGUGAUCUCUUCUCCUCCCAUGAUUACAUGGGACAGGUGGAGAUGGAUGGAUUGUACCAAGAAAAAUUCCCCGAUCCUUUUGUUGAUCCUUCUCUCAUCCAACCAGUCCACGCCAACCCCAACUUCACCCCAACAAUCUCCUACCCGGAAGAGGGUGCCACCUAUUCCAACAUCACCCAAAAUUUCCUGCCACACUCACCUGCCGCUUCUCCAAUUCCCUACGACCAUAUCGACCACAAUGGCUCGCCCCUCCUGGGAUCUGGUGCCUCCCUUGCUAUGCCAAAUUCGCAUUCGCGAACUGUCUCCGUCUACGACCGCCGAUCCUCCAUCUCCUCGAUUCACUCCCGCCGCUCCCAACAAAGCCCCGCUCUCAGCAGUGUCGAAGCGGACGACGAGGUCAAGGAAAAAGGCCGUUGCCCCUUCUCCGACUGCGGUCGCAUCUUCAAGGAUCUCAAAGCCCACAUGCUUACCCACCAAUCCGAGCGCCCUGAGAAAUGCCCCAUCAUGACCUGCGAAUACCACACCAAGGGCUUCGCCCGCAAAUACGACAAGAACCGCCACACCCUCACCCACUACAAGGGCACAAUGGUCUGCGGGUUCUGCCCGGGACCCGGUUCCCCCGCCGAGAAGAGCUUCAACCGCGCCGAUGUCUUCAAGCGCCACCUGACCUCCGUCCACGGCGUCGAGCAAACUCCUCCCAACUGCCGCAAGCGCAGCCCCAACGGAUCUACCAAGAAGGGCACGAAUUACAGCCCCGACGCCACCGGAAAAUGCUCCACCUGUUCCGUAUUGUUCAGCAAUGCGCAAGAAUUCUACGAGCAUCUGGACGACUGUGUUCUGCGCGUUGUGCAGCAAGAAGAACCCUCCGAGGCAAUCAACCAACAGCGACUGGCCGAAGUCGCCGCCGACGAGGAGGUUCAGAAGACAAUGGAAAAGCAUCAAUUGCUUGAUGCGGCUGGCCCGCUCGAAGACGAUAACGACUCUCAUGACGAAGAUGACCUAAAUGACCUCUGGCGCGCCCGCCUCUCCUCCAGCCACAAAUCCACCAAAUCCUCUUCCAACUCCUCCCGCCCCAUCAUCGGCUCCUCCAACGCUGUCUCUAAAAACACCGCCAAGCCCCGCGCCGUCACCCGCCGCCGCAAUAACCGCGGCAACUACCCACAAUCCUGGGGCUGCCCUAAUAGCACCAUGAAGACGAAGAAGCGGGUCCUCUGUGUCUUCGAUGGCCAGCGCCGCCUGUGGAAAGACGAAAUGAUGCUGAACAACGAAUUCGAAGUCCGUCUUCAACUGCCCGGUGGCGCGGGUGAUGGUACCCACCGCAACGCAUAUGUCACUGAUCUCGACGUCGAGACCAUGAAGCGCGCAGAGGGUGUCCUCAAUGCGACAGAUGCUGAGCGCGGCCCCUGGAUGGAUGGCCCCGUGCCCCAUCUGAUGGGCCAGCCAGCCAUGAUCAUCCCUGAGAUGGGUAGACAGGACGAUGAGAUCUCGAUCAACGAACUCAUGGCUUGA